AUGUUGUGCUUUAACUAGCCAAUGAUUAGACCCUCAUGUAUCUGUACGUGGACGUCGCAUGCUAUAAACCCUUGCCCUGUACUAGACUUACUGAGUGUUUCCUUUGGGAGUCCUUCAGAGAAGGGACAUACCUUUCAGUCAAGAAAUGUCACUACAUGUCUAUAAUGAAAAUGCCACGUAGAAGAGGAUAAUUUCACGCCUACUCGGAGAUUGUGAAUCCUAAAUGGGUAUCCUGGGAUUUGACUUCCGGUUGCCGGACAUGGUGAGAAAAUACUUCGUUCUGAUUGGCUGUGUUCUUCUUAUCAUGCCCGUGUCGGUGUCGGUUUAUUUCGGCAAUUUCUACAUCUAUAUUUCUUCGUAUUAUUACGUCAAUGCCUCCAAAGUGACUGUUUGGAUUGACCCUUUGUGGCUGUCGUCCGCUUUCAAAAUCCUACAACCCAUCGGCAUGGUGCUUGCUGGUUUCGUAGAAAAGAGAACCAAAAAUUUGAACACCGGCAUCGCUUUGGGAGCUCUCUUGCAGAGCUCAUCCGUGGUCCUAAGCUACUGGGCGAUUGCUGAACCUUUAGCACUGCUGAUGACUUUCGGCAUCCUUCAAGGUAUAGCAGGAGGAAUUUUACUAGCGCUGCCAUAUAAGAAGGCAUCGCAGGUUUUUCCUGAAAAAAGAGGUUUAGCGUUUGGUAUACUAUCUACAGGACCAGGUAGUUUCCCUUUGCUGCAUAUGGUUUUGUCUUAUUAUCUGAUCAACCCAGACAACAAGGCCACUGAUGUUGAGAUAGGGAACAUUCGCUAUUUUACUGAUGCUGAUCUUAUCAACAGGGUGCCAUCUUUUUUCUUUAAAAUCGGAUUAUUUACGACAGCUCUGCAAGUUGUAGGAUUUCUUUUGAUUCUUCUUCAAAGACAUGAUUUAUCAAAGGAGAACAGCCAGUCUACAGUGUUGCUUGACAAAUCAGACUCAACUGAUGAUUGUAAAAAGAAUGACUCCAAAACUGUUUCUAAUGACAGUUGCUGUGAAUUGACGAAUUCUAAAAGUUGUGUGAAUGUAAAGAAAACGGAGUAUUUAGUGACGUGUGAAAAGUCAACACAUAGCAUUGAGAUGGAUAAAACAGAAGACGUCUUAAAGGAAGAGUGUCAGAUAUCAUCGAUCAAAGAGAGCGAUUGUUCUCAAGCAGGCAAUGGCGUUAUCGUCGAGGGAGAGGAAUCUUCAGACGAAGAAGUGGACGAACCUAAAGACUUUACUACCAAAGAAAUGCUCAUGUCAUGUUCCUUCUGGAAAACUUGGUUGAUCUUCGCCCUGUUGGGCCAUACUUUCUUCAUCCACCUGAACCUUUACAAGCAGUUUGGACUGACGGUCAUUAACGACGACAACCUGCUCGUUAUGGCCGGCACCAUCAGCUCCUUCGUCCUCAUGCUCUUUCGUCCUGUGGUGGGCAUCAUGUCCGACAAGUUCGGGAUGAAGCCCAUUCUAGUCAUCACCUGCGCAUGCGCCAACGUCUUCAUGACCAUGAUGACCAUCUCUCUGUACACCUUUCCGCCCAUGUACAUUGUGUUUGUUGGUCUGGAGUUUUACGCCGUCUCCGCCGUGAAGGUGUUCUAUUACAUGGCGCCCAUGAUUAUGUUCGGCCCCACCCACUUCGCCACCAACGUGGGACUCAUGUCUUCCUCACAGUGGAUUACAUUUUUUGUUGGUCCAGUCAUAGCGCCGGCACUGAUCAAGUCUGUCGGCUGGGCCUACGUGAUGAUGAGUGGUGCCGCAGCCGCCGCCGUGGCUUUCUUUUUGGGCGUGUCACUGCCAGAAGCAAAGGCGAAAAAAUCUUCCACUAAACUUCAAUAACUUCAAACUUUUGCAUCCUUUCCAUUGAUUAUCAUUGACUACGAAUUACUAAUUAAUGCAUUAUAUAAUGUUAUUCUUUUCAUACACAGAAUACUCUCAUUUGUUAUAUGAGAUUUUCGACAUGUUAUUUGUUACUUUGCUCACAGACUAUCUCUUGCAAGGCUUGUCCAAUACAUUAACUUAGCAUGCAUAGCGAGCUGAAUUCCUUUUUGAUUGAUAUUAUUCUUUGUAUUUAUUUGUAAUGACAAGCAUUUAUUAAAUGAUAAUGUGUUCUGAUAUAACGCAA